AUGUUAUCUUCGUUUGCAACUGCAUCAACAUCAUCAUCGUCAUCGCCUUAUGAAACGUCAUCAUCGAGAUGGAAAUUUAAUUUUACCACCAAUUCAUUUGCAGCGUUAUCCGCAAUUUUUUUCGCAUCAUAUGUUCCUUCGCCCCAAGAGUCUUCGAUAAUCAACGUAGCGGAGAAACGAAAGACAAGUAGUGUGUAUAAUUAUCGAUGUGAGUAUCUCAAAACAAAACACAGUGGUCUCGAUUCGACUUUUGCAUUAACGAAAAUGAAUUAG